AUGGGGUGGGAGAUGGAAGUUCAAGGAUGGAGCCAAUACAAACUGGUUAAAAAAUUACAGGCUUUGAAGAGUCCAUUGAGAACCCUCAACUCUACUCACUUUUCUCAUAUAUCUACAAGGGCUGAAAAUGAUAUGUCUGAGCUUAUUGAGCUCCAGCAAAUGCUGCAUGACUCCUCGAAGGAUGAGGAACUCCAAAGAAAGGAGCUACUGGGUAGGGAAUCUCAAACUAGUGUUAUUGAUCCUCAAAUCAUAACGAAUGGGAUAAUACUUAAUAGAUCCCAAGGUGAACAGAUGAUUACCCUAGUUUCAGAUGAAGAAAUAAAAGCAGCACUAUUUAACAUUGGGGAUCUAAAGUCUCCAAGUCCUGAUGGCUACUCAGCUUGUUUUUUCAAGAGGGCUUGGCGUAUGGUUGGGAAGGAUGUCUCCUUAGCUAUUAAGGAAUUCUUUGAAUCUAGGAAAUUAUUAAAGCAGCUAAAUCACACAGUUAUUGCUCUCAUCCCAAAAUCCAAUCAUGUUGUUAUUGUUCAGGAAUAUAGACCUAUAGCAUGCUGCAAUGUGAUAUACAAGACAAUUGCUAAAAUCCUUGCUGAAAGGAUUAAGCCAUGUUUGGAAGAGUUGGUAUGCCUUGCUCAGUCUGCAUUUGUGAAACAAAAGAGUAUGAUUAAAAAUAUAUGCCUUGUCCAAGAGAUUGUUAGAAAAUAUGCAAGGAAAAGGGUCUCUCUGAGAUGUUUGUUAAAAAUUGAUCUCAAGAAGGCAUAUGAUUCCAUCUCUUGGAAGUUUGUGAAGGAUAUGCUGGUGCAUUUGAACUUCUCGAGAACUAUGGUUGGUUGGAUCAUGCAGUGUGUGUCCACUUCCUUCUCCCUUUCUUUAAAUGGAGGAUAUCAUGGGAUGAGAGCUAACAAUAUGAAAUCAAACAUUCUAUUUGCUGGUAUUAAAGAUAUUGAGCUGGAGAAAAUUAGAAGAGUAACUAACUUCCAGGAUGGGGACUUUCCAUUUAGAUAUCUGGGCAUCCUAUUGGCAGCAUCUCGAUUGAACAAAGUACACUAUAGCCCCCUGAUUAACAGAAUUGCUGAUCUAUUGAGUGGAUGGCCUAAACACACUAUUUCCUAUGCAGGGAGGAUGGAAUUGAUCAAUUCAGUAAUACAAGGGAUAGAAUGCUUCUACUUAACCAUUUUUCCUAUUCCAAAAUCUGUUAUGGACCACGUUGUAAGACUCUGUAGAACUUUCCUCUGGGGUGAUAGAAGGAAGCCCCCGGUAGCUUGA